UGCGAGAUCAGCGAGAUUAAGGCGACAGCGCCGCGGUUAGGUGUUGUCUGUGUCGACUUUGCUCGUCAUUAGCUGAACAUAGCAGCGCAAAUUGGGCAGGCAGACACUCGCUAUUAGUUGAGCCUUACAAGUGCGUGAAUGCGGAGCGGUUUGAGGAAGAAAUUUCGGCAGUAAAAAAAAUUUUAAAACACCAUUGCAUUAUUUAAAGACAAACUUUUUUAUAUAUAUUUUUUUUUUUGCGAGGAGGUCAAUGCACGGUUAUAGAAAUUUGUCGGUGUCAUAGCUCAUCGUUGUGGAUAACAAAUUCGCGUUUGUACGUGUGCGUGCUUCUGAGUACCCUUGCCGCGACCCUCGUACGAUGUUAAAAUUGAGCAUAAUUUGCACAUUGUUCGCGUCCAUUAUUUGGCGCACCACGCCAACCAAUUGUAGCCGCCCCAGCACCACCGGCGGCAAUGUGAAUCAAAUUUUGGCAACGAAUAUACAAAACUACAUGGACACAACGGCGCGUCCGUGCGAAAAUUUCUAUCAGUAUGCUUGUGGCCAUUGGCCACAACAGCACAUCGAGCAAUUGGAUUUCGGCGAUACGCUUGGAUUGUUAGAUUAUGAGCUCAACCGCAAGUUGGAACAUUUGUUGCGGCGCCAAGCGAAUGCCAGUAUGAGUUCCAGCAGUAGUACGACAACGGCAACUUCACCAACCCCAGCCUCCGUUGACAGCUUAAUUGAUGUAGUCUCGAAUUUUGUCUCUGCGGCUGCUGUGUUGGAAGGCCCUUACGCAAUGGUAGGUGACCUCGUUGUUGAGCCCCAACCCGUGUCGACGAGCACCACCGCGGCAACGGUCACAUCGACGGCGUCGACAUACCUGGCGGAGGACACGGUUGGUGAACCGUUGAUUUACGAAAAAGCACGCACCUACUAUCGCUCUUGCAAGAAGGUCAAGCCAUAUAAUCUGAAGAAAUAUUUGCAGCUCAUACAACCUGGUUAUGGCGCACACUGGUGCAUUUUAGCACGCAACGGUGGCAAGAAGUGGCAUGCUGAGCAGUUUGACUGGCUGAUGGCGAUUGCCAAGUUACGUUUAUACGGAUUGAAUGGUGUGUUGUUAAAAGAGGAAGUGCUGCCGCGUUGGGAUGAGUCAAGCAGUAACAGCAUUUAUUUGGACAAGCCGAAUUUGGCCGAGACGGAACCUACUGAGGAGGGCAUAAUGAUUGAGCUCUUACUGGAUAUUGGCCAAACGAAGCGCGCAGCCAACGAAGUGGCGCGUGAGGUCCAUACGUUCUCGUUGCGUCUGCACAAAUUACACGAGAUUGAGGAUGAAGAGGGUGCCAAGGAAAUGCAGCUGGGGUAUUUGCAGGAAUAUAUGCAGGAAAUUAAUUGGCUGGAGUUGCUCAAACAACUUAAGGGCUCCUCCACGGACCUCGCCACCACGGUGAUCAUACAAAACAUACCGUAUAUGCGCGCAAUGGUGCGUCUGCUCAACGACACACCGAAAGAUAUACAGUGUAAUUACAUUAUGUUGAAAUUCCUGCUCUAUUUAAAACAGCGCGGCCCGGCAGAGAUCUCAAAACAUGAAUGCAUAUCGAGUUUACGGCGUGCGAUGCCGCUGGCUAUGAGUUAUAUUAUUGGGCGACAAUACUACAAGGAUGCUGCGCAUACGGACGAGGAUGUGCAAGAGAUCUUCGCACAUUUGCAACAGAAGUUCUACGAGGUGAUAAGUGAUAAUCGCUUGCAGUUGCAACGACCCAUUGUUAACUCACUACUGCAAAAGAUUACCAGUAUGCGACUGCAAAUCGGUAAUUCGCCACGCAAAGCCUCGCCGGAGUACUAUGAUGAGUAUUACGGACGCGUUGAACUUGAUCCAAACAACUUCUAUGUAAAUCAACUUAGUUUGCUUCGUUUAGCUGUAGAGAAGAGUCACGAAAGUUUAGAGUCAGUGAUUGCCAGCAACUUUAGCGCACCAGAAAAUGAUUCAUAUGUGUUGCUUGAUUGGCUGGGCAGCUCCUCCUCGCCACUCUAUGUGAAACCAAAGAAUUUGAUUAUUGUACCCUACAGUUUCUUGCAAAUGCCCACUUAUCAUCGUAACUUGCGUAACAUAUUUAAGUACUCUGUGCUCGGCUUCAGUAUAGCACAUGAGCUUCUUCACGGCUUCGACUCGGCGGGCAUCGAUUACGACAGUAUCGGCAAUAUAAUGGGUCCGAGCGAGGAAAUUGCCGCGAAUCAUCGGUUUAUGCAGGGUCUCCGUUGUAUGCAGAAUGAACUGGCCACCGGUUCGCGUACUCUUAACGAAAAGUUGGCGGACUACGAAGGCUUCCGUCUGGCCUACGAGACCUACUUCAACGGUAAUGUUUCAAACCACAAAUUCAGCGGUCUGGUACCCAAGCUGCUGCCAGAAUAUACGGAGAAACAAUUGUUUUUCAUUAAUUUUGCGCAAUUCUUCUGCAGCAAAGUGCAGCGGAGUCUGAGACAAACGGCAUAUUUGGAACAUGCGAUCGAUGAGUUGCGCGUUCUGCAAACGCUGGCGAAUUUCGAGGAAUUCUCACGUGAAUUCAAUUGUGAGCGACGAGCGAAAAUGCAAUCGAAACAUCGUUGUAAGCUAUGGUGAUUAGUUGGAUAAGGAAAUAGGCAGAGUAGAGAAAUAUGAGUAAAAGAAAACUGAUACAAUUUGAGAGAGAUAGUACACACAUACAUACGUGUAUGUAUAGAAAUACAAA